AUGAUUCCUCUGAAUCUUUUGUUCAAAGUGCUUGCCUUGGUGGCCAUGGCAAGCGUAGUAUCAGCUGGGAGCAGCGGAUACAGUACCGGCGGGCCACGCGGAGGCACUCCAAGGGGCGGAGGCAGCGUGGUCGAGGCGGAGCUCGUGGGCUUCGGAAUCCUCCCGAACAGCCUCAUCGAUCCAGUCCUCGUCAGUUCCUUCGACAGGUCCGAUUCUGACGAAGGCAUUGCCGGCUACAACUAUGGAGGUGCUGGUUUCGAUAAUGGUGUUGGCGGGGUUUCUGCGGGUAAUGCUGGUUUCGACGGCGGUUUUUCUGCGGGUAAUGCUGGUUUCGACGGUGGUUUUUCUGCGGGUAAUGCUGGUUUCGAUGGCGGUUUUUCUGCGGGUAAUGCUGGUUUCGAUGGCGGGUCUUCUGCGGGUAAUGCUGGUUUCGACGGCGGGUUUUCUGCGGGUGGUGCUGGUUUCGAUGGCGGGUUCUCUGCGGGUAAUGCUGGUUUCGACGGCAGUUUUUCUGCGGGUAAUACUGGUUUCGACGGCGGGUUUUCUGCGGGUAAUACUGGUUUCGACGCUGGCCAUGGAAACGCAGGUUUCGGUGUUGGUUUCGCCGGAGGUGCGCCCUUCGACUCAGGGAACGUUGGAGGGCAAGGGUCCUUGGGCGGCAUUGGAGGAGGUGCUUCAUUCAACAGCCCAAAUACCGGAGGCUUUGGCUUUGACGCCGGUAACGCAGGAGGAUUUGGCUUCAACACUGGCUUUGGCGACGGUUUAAGUUUCGAGGUUGAUUUUGAUGAUGUAAUAACAUCUGGUGUUGGUCAUGCUGGCGUUAUUCAUCCCGAUGAUGUCAGCUUCGACAUUGGACUCACUGAUGACGUCAGCUUUAACGUUGGGCCUAUUGAUGACGUCAGUUUUAACGCAGGCAUUCCUGGAGAUGUCAGUUUUAACGUUGGGCCUCUUGGUGACGUCAGCUUUGAUACAGGAUCCGUUGGCGGCGUAGGCUUCGAUGAUGUUCUUGAUGACAGCCCCCUCUUCGACACUAGCUUUGAUGUCGAUUACUUUGCAUAG